UAGAGGAGAUCGCCGAUCGAGAGAGAUGGGUAGAGUUAUCAGAGCUCAACGUAAGGGAGCUGGAUCCGUAUUCAAAUCCCAUACUCAUCAUCGCAAGGGACCUGCAAAAUUCAGAAGCUUGGAUUUUGGUGAACGGAACGGUUACUUGAAAGGUAUAGUUACUGAAAUCAUUCAUGAUCCAGGACGUGGUGCACCAUUAGCCAGAGUUACUUUCCGUCAUCCAUUCAGGUACAAGCAUCAGAAAGAGUUGUUCGUUGCGGCUGAGGGUAUGUACACUGGUCAGUUUUUGUACUGCGGGAAGAAAGCUAGUUUGAUGGUUGGUAAUGUUUUGCCGUUGAGAUCAAUUCCCGAAGGAGCUGUUGUGUGCAACGUUGAGCACAAAGUUGGAGAUAGAGGUACUUUAGCUAGAGCUUCCGGUGAUUAUGCUAUUGUUAUCAGUCACAACGCUGAUAACGGAACCUCCAGAAUCAAGCUUCCUUCUGGUGCUAAGAAGAUUGUGCCGAGUGGUUGCCGUGCUAUGAUUGGCCAAGUUUCUGGCGGAGGUAGGACUGAGAAGCCCUUACUCAAAGCUGGAAAUGCGUACCACAAGUUCAAAGUGAAGAGGAACAGCUGGCCUAAGGUUCGCGGUGUGGCUAUGAAUCCAGUCGACCAUCCCCACGGAGGAGGUAACCAUCAACAUAUUGGACACCCCAGUACCGUUUCUCGUAACGCAGUGCCUGGGCAAAAGGUUGGUCAGAUUGGUGCCAGGAGAACUGGUCGAAAGGGACGUGCUGCUGCUUGUGCUGCUUUUAAGGAAGAUAAUUAA